AUGGGCAAGGACUCGGCUCGAGUCGUGAAACAUUGCGACAAGUGCCAAAGAUUCUCCAGGGUAGUAAAUUCACACCCCGAGAAGUUCACCGCCAUCACAUCUCCUUGGCCCUUUGCGAAAUGGGGGGUAGACAUUGUCGGUCCAAUGCCUCCGGGGAAGAGCAACAGGAAGUUUCUAGUUGUGGCUGUUGACUAUUUCACCAAGUGGGCUGAGGCAGAAACAAUGGCAACUGUUACCACCACAAACAUAAUCAGUUUCCUUUGGAGGUCGAUUGUUUGUCGAUUCGGAAUACCGCACGCUUUUGUAACAGAUAACGAGACACAAUUUGAUUGCAAACAGUUCCGAGAGUGGUGCUCCGAACUCCAGAUCCGAAACUAUUAUUCUAGUGUCUUACGUCCUAAAGCAAAUGGACAAGUGGAGGCAACAAAUAAAGACCCUGAUGAGAACAUUGAAGAAGAAGCUCUAGCAGAAGAAAGGGGCCUGGGUAGAGCAAAAAGAGAUGAUGCCCAGGUGACCUGGGCAGCCUAUCAGGAUCAAACGACUCGGUACUUCAACAAGACAGUAAACCCCAGGAAGUUCCAAGUCGGGGACUGGGUCCUCAGGAAAGUGAGCUUGAUGACCAAAGAUCCAACUGAAGGGAAGUUCGCACCAAAAUGGGAAGGACCCUAUCGAGUAGUGAAGUGUCAAGAAAAAGGGGCCUACCAUUUGAAGUCCGAGACUGGGAAGAUACUCUCGAGAGCGUGGAAUGCCGAGCAUUUGAAGAAGUACUUCUUCUAUAUAAAAAGGUAG